AUGGUCGACACAUCGUCUUCUUCGGAUCAGCAAUCUCGAGAUAAAAUUGUAAAACCUUCGACACUGUUUCAACAACAACAAGAAAGCGGACUGCAAAGAAAAGGAAGACGUUUUAUUGUGGCCAAUCGGGAUGACUUUUUGAGAAUACAAUUUAAAAGGAUUUCUUCUGGAGAGGAGAAAUCAGCAACAGUUGUCGAGGCAUCUUCACUUUUACUGGAUGAUGUGACAGGUGGCUUGACACGAACAAAAUCAUCACCAAAUUUUGAAAAAGACACGUCACACAAAAACAAUUCAAAAAAGAAACAAGAUCAUAAACCAAUCGAACCCUCAUCAAAUAGUGAUCGAAAUUAUUCUACGCUUAUUCGAACCUCAUCGACCAUCAUUCCAAAACCCAUCAGUGAAAAAUUAGAUUUACCAAGUUGCAUUUUUUCGAAUAGUGUCUACUUGGGAGAUUGUUUUCAAGCAACCAAUCGAAAAUCCAUCGACUAUUUGAACAUUACACACAUUGUAAAUUGUACAAAGAAUAUUGAAAACAAAUUUGAAAAGAAUCACAUUCAUCAUUCACAUCAUGGUGAAAAAAUUAUUCAUUCUCAAAAUUCUGACCCCAUUGAAAAUUCAUUGGAGGAUCAAUGCAUCAUGAAAAAUGAUUUAGAAGAGGAAGCCAUGAUUGAGAAAUAUAAGUUUGAUCACAACAAUGAAUCCCAUACUCAAACAGGAAGAGAAAUUAAAUACAUGAGAGUUGCCAUAGACGAUGAUAAGAAUGCCCCAAUUUCACACUACUUCCAGGAAUGUUAUGAAUUUAUUGAAGAUGCAAUAAGCAAUUCUGGAGUUGUAUUGGUACACUGUGCAGCUGGUGUUUCACGCUCAUCCACAAUUAUCAUUUCCUAUGUCAUGAAAAAGAUGGGAGUUGGAUGUUUAUUUGCUUUUCAAUUAGUUAAAAAACGAAGAAGAAUGAUCAUGCCCAAUGAAGGAUUCUUCCAUCAACUAAUGGAGUAUGAGAAGAAAUUGAAUGGUGGCCGUACUAAAAGGAAAUGUUUGGAAAUUGAAGUUGACCACCAACGUCACUUGAAACCCUCCACAAUCACAACAACACUUCAACUACAAAUAAAUUACUCAAAAUCUUCCAUUUUCAAAAAAAAGACACUCGCUAUUUCUCGUAUGCUUACUAUUCAUGACAAGUCACAUCAUGAUUAA